AUGAGUCUAAUAUUUAGCGGUUCACCAGUACAAAGUCAAAUAGCAGAUUUAUUACCAUGUAACGAUGGAGAAAAAAGUUUAUUGACUUACAGUUUAAUACAAAGUUUAGGAUUGCUUUCCAAAUUUGAUUAUAUAAUAGAAAAACCUUGGUGCACUGCAAAAGAUAUUAACAAAUUUCAUUCAAAAGCUUAUACUGAUAUUUUGUUAGAUAAAUUUCAUAAUAGGAAUUCAGUAAAUAUUGAAGAAAAUAAUAAUGAUGAUGAUGCUGAUGAUCCAAAUUACAAUGAAAUGGCUAUAACUUACUAUACGUAUAUGGAUUCAAUUAACGAAAACCAUGACAAGAAAAAUCCCCCCUAUUUUAAGAAUAAAGAAGACCUAAUCAAUUAUAUUCGAGAAACUUUCCAUUAUUUUACGAAUGAUGGUAAUGAACUGGAAAAAGAAAGUGUAAACAGAAACGAGCAUGGCACUAGAAAAGAUAAAUAUUGCAACGAUACUUUAAUUAAAUACGGGCUAAUGUAUGAUUGUCCAAUUUUCAAAUAUUUGCCUAUUUAUUGUUACAUAGUUACAGGAGCAACACUGGAAAUAGUAUCUGAAAUGAUAAGAAUAAGCAAACAUAGUAGAUCUUUUGGGAAAACAAAUAUAGGCAUCAAUUGGGAUGGUGGUAGACAUCAUGCAAAUAGAAAUAAAGCUAGUGGGUUUUGUUAUGUCAAUGAUAUAGUAUUGGCAAUUCAAAAAUUUAGAAGGUCCUCAUCUUUCAAUAAAAUAACUUAUUUAGAUUUUGAUUUACAUCACGGCGAUGGGGUAGAAAAUGCGUUUAAAAUAUCAUCUAACGUUCAAACUAUAUCAAUUCAUCAUGCGGAUAUAGGGUUUUUCCCUGGUACUGGUACUGAAACUCAAAAAGAUAUUGAAAAUCAAAUAUACAAUUUUGUCCUACCAAGCAAUACUAAAGAUGAAUCACUUUAUGCAAUAGUAGUUGACAAAAUUAUACCCAUAAUCAACACAUUUAACCCACAAAUUUUAGUUAUCUUAUGUGGCGGAGAUGGUUUACGUAAUGAUGACUAUAAUCUAUGGAAACUAAGUAUUAAAGGACUAACUAAGUGUAUAAUGGAGGUUAUUAAAAAAUUCAAUGAGACUGUUGAACAUUGUUUGUUACUAGGCGGUGGUGGGUAUAAUAACAUUGAUAUGGCUAAAUUUUAUUCUUAUUUGACAUAUAAUGUGGUAAAGUUUGUAAAACCUGAUCACCAAGUCUUGGACAACGAAUAUGAGGAAGAAUUGUUUACUUUUAUACCUGAGCAUGCCUUUUUAAAAAAUUAUUCCGCAAAUUAUUAUAGAUUUUUUACAUAA